UAAGCAGUUAGGCGCUUAUUAGGCUUAUAAUAGCAGCCGGGGCGGAGUUCCCAUCCGGGUUUGGGGCGGAUACGGGUCCCAUGUGGGCGGAUUGGAUUUAGCCAUCCUAGCUGUGGCGAUUGGAAAAGUACAAAUCCAGAACUUAGAAUCCAUCAGAUCUUCUUCAAACAGCAAUGGUAGCAAAUCGCUGUCUCCUUCACGUUGUCUUCUGAUUCUGGUUGGUAUGAAUCUCUCACUAUCUUCUUCUUCUCUAUCAUCCUCUUCUUCUCCACCGGCAACUUCUGUCGCUGCCUCUUCUUCUUCUUCUUCUUCUUCUUCUUCUUCUUCUUUCUCAGCUACUUCAUGGUUCUCUGGCAUUGUUCGUGGCCGGUCUGAUCGAUCCGGGAGCCUUAAAAUGGCUGGAAGUUCGGGCACAAGCGGAGGGGAUUUCGCCGGUCCAAUCAUUGCCAAGAACCAGUUCCGCGGUGUGCUCUUUAAGUACGGACCAAAGCCUAUCCAGGUUGCAUUUAAAACAGGUGAUCAUAAACAACAAAUCGUUUUUAUUGGUGGAUUAACUGAUGGGUUUCUCGCAACUGAAUACUUAGAGUCUUUGGCAAUUGCUUUGGAUGGGGAGAAAUGGUCACUUGUUCAGCUGCUUAUGUCAUCAUCAUAUAGCGGAUACGGAACUUCCACCUUGCAACAAGAUGCCAUGGAGAUUGAUCAGCUUGUAAGUCAUUUGAUCAACAAAGAAAACUCUGAGGGUGUGGUCCUACUUGGACACAGCACUGGUUGUCAGGAUAUUGUUCAUUAUAUGCGUACCAAUGCUGCAUGCUCCCGAGCAGUCCGUGCUGCUAUUUUGCAGGCUCCAGUCAGUGAUCGGGAAUACAGGGCAACUCUUCCUGAAACAGCUUCUAUGAUUGACUUGGCUUCAACUAUGAUAGCAGAAGGUCGGGGAUCAGAAUUAAUGCCUAGGGAAGCAGAUUCAUCUUCCCCAAUAACUGCUUAUAGGUAUCACUCCCUUUGUGCGUUUAUGGGUGAUGAUGACAUGUUCAGUUCUGAUCUUACUGAUGACCAGCUGAGAACAAGACUUGGGCACAUGAGCAACACACCUUGCCAGGUUAUCUUUUCCAUGGGCGAUGAAUACGUUCCAGAAUAUGUGGAUAAGAAAGCAUUGGUUGAAAGAUUGUGCAGAGCAAUGGGUGGUGCAGAGAAAGUUGAAAUUGAACACGGGAAUCACUCCCUCUCUAACAGGGUUCAUGAAGCUGUCCAGGCAAUAAUUGAUUUUGUUAAAAGAGAAGGACCUAAGGGCUGGGAUGAUCCAUGGAAUUGAUAUGAUGCCAUUUUCUUUUUCAUGUGUUUUUUUUUUGUGUGUCACUCUCUUUUUUAUUGAUUUCCAGUUUUGAAUUUUGCACAGCGUUAGCGUAUCCGUUUUAUUUUCCAUGUAAUAGAAGUGAAUCUUUGAUUGUGGUGGCAUUGUUGAAAUUUGUGAAGAAAGUGAAUAUUGUUGUUGAAAUUAAUUUCUUGAAGAAAAUUUUGAAUUAUCGUUA